UCUGUGCGUUGAUAGCGGAAACGGAAGUGCAGCAGCACCGUUGGCAGGAGCAGUAGCAUCAGCAGUACAGUCAGGCAACAUAAAUGAAACUUCGUGCUCGGUUCUGGUGUGAUAAUUGCUUGUGUGUCCUUAUUGUGUUCCAUCCUGUUUUUGUGCGGUGCUGUGGCGUCGUUUAAACUGUUGCGCGUUGGUAGUUUUGGUUGAGAUUGCAAUUGUUGUUAGUUUUCAAAAAAAAAAAAAACCGUGCUAAUUGCUUGUGUGGUGUGCAAUUAAAACAAUUACGAAAAAGUUAAUUUAACAAAUUGGCACCUGCGGCAGCAGCAGCAACAACAGCACCAAUAGUUACAGAAACAGAAGAGAGGAAAUCCGCCAAAUAGCUGAAAAUGCUGUAGGCAACAAGCGCCCUUUGGUCUACUUGAGUGUUUCUCCCUGCCCAACCAAGAAUGGCACAGCAGCAGCGGAGCUGGGAUGAAGGCGCCGUUGGUGGCCACAGUCAUGGGGCACAUUCGCAGGCCUCCGGCCAUAAGCAGCCGACGCGAGCGACAAGCAAUCCAUUGCCCUACAAGGGCGUUGCUCCCAAGUCUGGCAGAGGCUACCCAGGCGCGGUUACGUCGCGUCAUAUCAGCUACGGCUACGAGCCUCCGCGCAGUCCCAAAAUUACCACCACCUAUGCCAACGAUAGCUGCGAUGAACCAUCGGGCUCGACCUCAACUCCCUCCUCAUACUAUGAGACGCCCACCUCGGGCUCCAUGGAUGACUCGCCUGCCAGCUCGCUGUUGGGAAGCGGCCGAAGUCCCAAAUCCACGUGCAAGUUCGUUUUCGAUGCUAUUAGCCCCACCAUGGAUUAUGGACAGAGUAAAAAGUUUGAGUACUAUGAGCCCAUUUCACCUGAUGAUGGCAGCGCUUACUACGAGCCGCCCAGCUCACCGCGUCGUCAGAAUUCCAGGAAGCUGAUGCGGACGGCCCCAGUGGAACAGAUUCCCCAAUCAAGCAUAAAUGUGAUGGGGCAGGGCGGUCACAGUGGUAAACGGCGACGGGAUGAGUGGGAGCUGCCGGUGAUCACUCAAAUCGAUGUUCGCUGCUUAAAUGUGACAGCAGCGGCUGCAGCUGCAGCUGGUGGUGCCAGUGGCGGGGGCGGUGGCUCCAGUGGCUCUAAUUCUAGUUACUAUGCUGUUAAGCGUGACUCCUGCAUCACGGAAUAUACCCAGUUGUCGAUGGAGUCAGGCACCACCAAUAAUACGGCCCGUACUAAUAGCACAAUGGUCACCACAACCACAUCCUUUAGCUACACGGACACAUCACGCACAGAUGGCGAGGUGGCAACCAAAUCCUGUGGCGGCCAACAAGCGCAACGCCAACGCCGGCAUGCCAUCAAUAUAACCUCCAAUCCGGGCUACCAGGUGCUCCACAGCUCACACUCCACGCUGGAUCGCACAUGCUCGGACAGCGUGGUGUCACUGCGGUAUCGCAAAUCGACCAGCGAUCUGACGCAGGAAGCGGAUAACGAGCUGAGCGGCAGUAAGCCUAAGAAGCGGGAUGUGACGGAAUAUAAGCCACGUAGACGCGGUAGUUCAAAGGGCGGUCUAGCCUAUCUGGCCAGUCGGCGAAGCUCGCGCGAGUCCAUGAAGAGUGCCUGCUCCAAUGCCUCGAUAAUCUCCAAUGAUGACAUUGGCCCGUUAGCCUUUCAGAGCUCCAAUCGCGGACGUCAGCGACGCACCUCAAACUUUCUGGAACUACCAGUGCCGGACCACAUUCGUCCGCGUGUCUGCUCGUUACCCGAGCGUCCGUACAACCCACGGGCCAGCGAUGAUUUGUAUCGCCUGCGUCACUUCUCGAUUAGCAAAGGAAACGUUGUCAACUGUGGGGACUCGAUUAUAUCGCGACGCUCGCGAAGUAAUACCAGCGUCAAUUCUACAAACAGUCGGGCCAGCGAACGGUCACCUUUUGAGGGCUCCUGCUGUGGUGCGGGUUAUGCAAAUGUUGACUCGUUGCCCGCUUCUCCGGACGAAUCCGAGAACCUGGAACCGCCACCACCGCCGCGCUAUCGCGUGGUCAUGCUGGGCGAUGCUGGCGUGGGCAAGACUGCGUUGGUCAACCAGUUUAUGACUUCGGAGUACAUGCACACCUAUGAUGCAAGCUUAGACGAUGAGUUUGGAGAGAAGACGGUCAGUGUGCUGCUGGACGAUGAGGAGUCGGAGAUGGUCUUCAUCGAUCAUCCCAGCGUCGAGAUGAGUGUGGAGAACUCUUUGUCCACCUAUGAGCCACAUGGCUGUGUCGUUGUCUUCUCGGUCGUUGACAAGGGCUCCUUUCGCGUGGCCGAAGAAAUCGUCAACUAUUUGUGGCAGGAGAAUUAUACCAAGGACAAGGCGGUCAUAUUGGUCGGCAACAAGGCGGAUUUGGCGCGUGCCCGGCUUAUCACAUCACAGGAGGGCAAAACAUUGGCCGCCUCACGCGAUGCCAAGUUUAUUGAGACAUCCAGCGGUAUACAGCAUAAUGUCGAUGAGCUGCUUGUUGGUAUAUUGAAGCAGAUGCGUUUGAAGGAAACACGAGAAAAGAAAGCUACCUUAUCGAAGAUGAAAACAUCGCGAACUCAUAUAUCUCUACAUCUGGCAAAGGAAAUUUUACAAAAAAUCUGCCUCAGCGACAUUUCAAAAUCAAAGAGCUGUGAAAAUCUGCAUGUUCUCUAAGCAUCCAAGGGCGCCAAAAAAUGCAAAAAAUAACUAUAGUAUAAAAAAGAUGUGCAUUGACAGAAAAGCUAAAACAUAUUUUGCUAGCGAUAUAUACAGAAAUACAUUGAUAUAUGAAAUGCUUUUCUCUAAAUAUUAACAUGCUAUAUACAGACAUAUAUUCGUGUUGAAUUGCUUAACG